AUGAGCGGUAUUCCUGAUUUUGGGGCUUCAAUCCCAAAAAAGUUCAAAAGCGCAUCGAUGGGUGAUAUUCCAGCGCUUGACAUCAAAGCGUUGUUUAGAAUGGUGGUUCUGGGGCCAUCGUUCAGUGGGAAGAACAAUCUAUGUAUGUACAUCCUCAAACAUUCUCCUCACGUAUUCGCUCAUCUAACGAUCAUUGCCCGUAAUCCUCAUCAGGAGUUGUACGAAUAUCUUCGCGACAAGCUGGAUGGCUUUAUCACAUUCGCCGACCCUGAUUCGCUUCCAAGUCUCGUCAUCAUAGAUGACUACAGCAACGAUAAGCUACUUCAGAAGAAUUUGUUCUCUCAUUACUAUACAAGAGGUCGCCACUUCAAGCUCAGUACGAUAUUCCUAAGCCACAGCUACUUUGCCACGGAUAAGAUGAUACGCUUGAAUUCAGAGUAUGUAGCUAUCCUAAAGGCGAAUUCGAAGCGUGAUCUCCAGAUGGUUGUGAAAGAUUUCAAUAUCAAGGGAGUAGAUGAUCGUUCAAUCGUCUAUUACUACAACAAGGCUACGGAGCGAAAGGGGCAAAUGCUCUUCAUAGAUUCCGUCAAGGGUCAGAUCAGGUAUAACUUUGAUAGAGUGAUUCGAAUUGAGGACUAA